AUGGGGAUCAAAGCUGCACUUCCCAAAUAUGAGAUCUACUUCUACAACACUGUGCUCUGUCUGGCCAUGUUCUGGGCCGCCAGCUGGAUCUUUGAGGUGUCCAGUUCCAAUGCAAACAGAAAGACAUUCAAACCCACUGUAAAACCAGGGUGGUACUACUUUGGGAGGAAAAUGGAUACAGCUGAUUUUGAGUGGAUGAUGUGGUUUUCCACAUUCAGAGAGCACAUCCUGUUUGCUCUCUCCGGUCAUGUGCUGUUCGCCAAGAUCUGCUCCAUGCUGGCUCCACAGCACAGGUCCUUGGUCUACAUGGUGUAUGGACUCCUGGCUGUGUGGACCAGUAUGGGCUGGACCUACGUCACGCUCAUCCUGUCCCACUGUAUCCUGCUCUACAGCAUCUCCUUAGUGAAAAUCCGCUGGCUUUGCUUUGUCACCGGUCUGUUUACCCUCGCUACAUUCAAGUGUGAACCCUUCGUGUCCUGGCAGGCUGGAUUUGUGGAGGGGGACUUCGAGCUGCGUAAUGUUCUCUUCUAUGGAGGUUGUGGGUUUACGAUCAUGCGCUGUAUGAGCUUUGCUCUGGAGAACUGUGAAAGGAAAGAUGGGAACUACAACAUCCUGGAGCUGCUCAAGUACAACUUCUACCUCCCCUUCUUCUAUUUCGGGCCCAUCAUGACCUUUGAUAAAUUUUAUGUUCAAGCCAACAAGUCGGACCUGACAAGGAAAGAGCAGGAGAUGUGGAAUAUCAGUCUGCAGGGCCUGAUCAACCUGGGGGUCGUCAUUGUAGUGGACGUCCUCUUCCAUUUCAUGUACAUCCUCACCAUCCCCACCGACAUGAAGCUGCUGAAACACCUCUCUGACUGGGCUCUAGUGGGUCUAGCCUACUUUAACUUGGUGUAUGACUGGGUAAAAGCAGCUGUCAUGUUUGGAGUCAUCAACACAGUAUCCAGACUGGAUCAUCUGGACCCUCCCAAGCCACCAAAGUGCAUCACUAUGCUCUAUGUGUUUGCUGAAACCCACUUUGACAGAGGAAUCAAUGACUGGCUGUGCAAGUAUGUGUAUGAUUACCUGGGUGGAAAGCAUGAGAAUGUGGUGGAGGAGCUGGUGGCUACACUGUGCACCUUUGGCGUUACCAUCCUCUGGCUGGGACCCUGCGAGGUGGUGCUGAUCUGGGCUUUCUUUAACUGUUUUGGCCUCAACUUUGAGCUGUGGACUGCCAAGCUCUUCUCCAUGGAGCCGUUUGCUUCUUUUGAGAUGGCAAUGUCAGAAGCAAUGUCCCGCAGGAUUAGAGCCGUCUUCAAUACUUUCAACUUCUGGAGUAUUGUUUUGUACAACAUCCUGGCACUGAACAGUUUGGACUUUGCUAAGUUGGUCACCAAACGGCUGCUUCUCAGAGGCUUCCCUAUAACCACCAUCAUCGUCAUGUUUAUGACCUACUGCCUGAUUCAAGUGAUCAAGGAGCGAGAGAGGAGACAGGCCCUUAUUGAUGAUCCUGACCCUCUUCCUCCUGCCCCCCCUCCAAAUGCCACCCCCAGCCCGACCAGCGCUGCAGCUGCAACUGCCGCUGCCCAGCCAGUCGCAGAUCCCAGCAAGGAAAAAGCAGAGUAG